AGCCAACAUGCGAACGAAUUUUCAUCGUUUCAAGAUCUCUGUGUGAAAUCCUGACAUUGCUAAAUACAUGCGUGAUUCUCUCUUUCUCAUCGAAUCCUAUCUCCUCUUCGAAAUUCACAUAUCCAGAUGACAAAUUCAGCCCCGUUGUUCUGGCUCCAUGUCCGAGUUGACUUUCUUUUCUUCUUCGUCUUCUUCGUUUUCUGUCUGAACUGUGCAAACUCUCAGUCUGAACUGUAUGAUCAAGAACAUGCAGUUUUGUUGAGGAUGAAGCAGUACUUUCAGAACCCGUCUUCCCUCAGUCACUGGACACAAUCAGAUAAUUCAUCCCAUUGUUCGUGGACAGAGAUCACCUGCAACAGUAACUCUGUUACAAGACUGGCUCUGCGAAACAUCACCAUCACCCACACGGUCCCACCUUUCAUCUGUGACCUAAAAAACCUCACUUCCAUUGAUUUUCAAUGGAAUUUCAUUCCUGGGGAGUUCCCAACGUAUCUCUACAGCUGCUCCAAGCUGGAGCACCUGGACCUCUCUAAUAAUUACUUUGUUGGUAAAGUUCCAGAUGACAUUGACCGAUUGGCUAACCUGCGUUUUCUUAACCUUGGCGGCAACAACUUCUCCGGUGAGAUUCCGGCGAGCGUCUGGCGGUUAAAGGACCUGACAAGUCUUCAGCUUAAUUCUUGUCUAUUUAAUGGCACUAUUCCGAGUGAAAUAGGCAGCUUGUCCAAUCUUGAAGUCUUAAAUUUGGGCAUCAACCCGUUCUCUCCUUCAAAGAUUCCGCCUAGCUUCAACAAGCUCACCAAAUUGAAGGAUAUUGAAAUGCAUGACUGCAACUUGAUCGGUGAAAUCCCAGAAACUAUUGGGGAACUGGUUGCCUUGGAGAUGUUGGAUUUAUCCUCAAAUAGUUUAAGCGGGAAAAUUCCAAGUGGUUUGUUUAUGCUCAAGAAUCUUAGCAUCCUGUUUCUUUCAAAGAAUCAGCUUAAUGGUCAGCUACCUCAAGCGAUUGAAGCCUUAAACUUGACGAUCAUUGACCUCAUUUGGAACAAUCUUACGGGGAAGAUACCUGAAGGCUUCGGAAAUCUCAGUAAGCUAACUGGUUUGAACUUAGGAUGUAAUCAAUUAUCUGGCGAGAUUCCAGAAAGCCUAGGCCGUCUUCCAUCCAUAAUAGACUUUAGGGUUUUCAUCAACAAUUUAUCAGGUAAUAUUCCCCCAGAGUUUGGGCUUCAUUCAAAUCUUAGAACAUUUGAGCUUGCAUCAAACAGUUUCACUGGCAGUCUUCCUCAGAACUUGUGUUUCCAUGGCAACUUAUUUCGAUUAACGGCUUAUGACAACAAACUUAGUGGGCAAUUGCCAGAAUCAUUGGGAAAUUGUCGUAGCCUAUUAGAGUUGAAGAUAUACAAUAAUGAACUCUCAGGCAAAAUUCCUAGCAGCCUCUGGGCAUCUCAGAAUUUGUCAACUUUCAUGAUCAAUGACAAUAAAUUCUCAGGUGAGCUUCCUGAAACAUUGCCUGUGAAUGUUUCACUCAUGGCAAUUAGUUACAAUCAGUUUUCUGGUCCAAUUCCAGCAGGAAUAUCUUCCAUGAAGAAUCUGGUUGUGUUUAAUGCAAGUAGCAACCUCUUUAAUGGAAGUAUUCCACAAGAGCUAACCAGUCUUUCCAAUCUAGCAACUUUGUUGCUUGAUCAGAACAGACUUUCUGGCCCAUUUCCAUCUGAAAUUAUAUCAUGGAAAUCUCUGAGAACUCUAAACUUGAGCCAAAAUCAACUCUCUGGGAAAAUCCCAGAUUCAAUUGGUCAUUUGCUUGACCUUACACAACUAGACUUGUCACAAAAUCAAUUCUCUGGCCAAAUUCCAUCUCAAAUAUCCCUUAUUAGACCCCCUGAUCUCAACCUUUCCUCUAAUCAGUUGACUGGGAAAAUUCCCAGUGAAUUUGAAAAUUCUGCUUAUGCUACCAGCUUUUUGAACAAUUCCGGUCUUUGUGUUGAUACGGCUGGACUAAACUUUAACUUGUGCAAUUCUGGUUCUGUCCCUCAAAGGUCAAGCAAAGGCUCAUCUGUGCCUCUUGCUUUGAUCAUAGGCCUUGCUAUAGUAGCAUCCAUAGCAAUUUUCUUGGUGUCAUUUCUGAUGAUGAGAUUCUACCAAAACAGAAAGCAAGAAUUGGACACUUCAUGGAAGUUGACUUCCUUCCAAAAGCUGAGUUUCACAGAAUCAAAUAUUGUCUCAUCCAUGACAGACGGUAACAUUAUAGGCAGAGGAGGGUAUGGUACAGUACAUCGUAUUGCUAUCAAUGAUAAAGACUAUGUUGCUGUGAAGAAGAUAAGCAAUAACAGGAAGUUGCAUCAGAAACUUGAAAAUGCAUUUCUUGCAGAAGUUGAAAUCUUGAGCAGUAUUCGUCACAUUAACAUAGUGAAGUUGCUGUGUUGUAUAUCUAAUGAGGAUUCUCUACUUCUUGUAUAUGAGUACUUGGAAAAUCAUAGUCUCGAUAAGUGGCUACAUAAGAAGAGUGGCUCAUCAGGUGCGUCAUCCACCGUUCAUAGUUUUAUUCUUGACUGGCCAAGGAGAUUGCAAAUAGCCAUUGGGAUUGCACAAGGCUUGAGCUACAUGCAUCAUGACAACUCACCACCCAUUAUUCAUCGUGAUGUCAAAACAAGCAACAUUCUGUUGGAUUCUCAGUUCAAUGCAAAAGUUGCAGAUUUUGGUCUUGCCAAGAUGUUGAUCCAUCCAGGACAUCUUGAUACCAUGUCAUCUGUGGUUGGCUCUUUUGGUUAUAUCGCUCCAGAAUAUGCUCAAACAAAAAGAGUGAACGAAAAGGUUGAUGUUUAUAGCUUUGGGGUUAUCCUAUUGGAACUGACAACUGGAAAAGAAGCCAACUAUGGAGAUGAACACUCAUCUCUUGCAGAAUGGGCAUGGCGUCAUAAUCAAUUAGGAAGUAGCAUAGAACAAAUUCUAGACGAAGAUGUUAAGGAAACUUCGAACUUGGAGCAAAUGUGCAGUGCCUUCAAGCUUGGGGUGAUGUGUACAACCAAAGAGCCAGUUGGUAGGCCUUCCAUGAAGGAAGUUGUGAAUGAACUGCUUCGCUUGAAAGAUCCAAUUGUUUAUGCAGAAAUGGGUUUUGGUCAUUUCGAGGCUGUUCCCCUACUAAAGAAUUCUAAAAGGGAUAGUAGGUUGGAUAUUGAAAAUGAUAGCUAGCUAGAUUCAUGUAAAUGAAAUGUUGGGGCCUGUGCCAAAAUUAGCAGCUGGCUUAAUGUGCUGUAACUCAUCAAUCUCGUAUCAUUUUUCUAAAAUCAAGUGAAAGAGGAUGUAAAUAUAUGUAAGAGCUACAUUUCAUCUUUGAGGUCAACUGUCUCUUUCCUUAAUCUAUGUGAAUAAGUAAUUUAGCUACUACAUUUAGCA